AUGUCCUCGACCGCGGCCACAGAGCCUAGCCUAACGUCCAGUCCAGCGGCAAAGAAGAAGAGCAACAAGAAGAAGAAGAAUGCGAACAAGAACAAAGAAGCAGCCCAGCCGAGCAACGGCGAUGUCAGGGUCGACAAGGACGAAGUAGACGACGAGCCGGAUACUCCAACGACCGCUGAAAUACCGAGUAAUGCCGAUCACUCAGAAGAACCCAAGACCGAGAGCAAUGGGCACGCAGUAGAACCUUCAAAUCACGAGCAUGCCGAGCCUGCUGUGCAGAACCACGAUGGCGAUUCCGAUACAUCAGCGAAACUGGAAGCCAUGGGCAAGGAGCGAGAGGCUCUCCGGGUCGAGGUCGAACAAUUGCGCAAGCAGCUGGAAAGCAUCCAAGAAAAUCAUCAGACCGAGAUCUCGCAGCUACAGUCAGAACUGGAAGACAGCAAUGCUGCGAGAGAAACUGCGGAAGAGCAAUACCAGACGCUGCUAGGACGAGUCGAGAAGAUUAAAGAAACCCUGAGCGACAGGCUUAAGCGCGACAAGGCCGAGCUAGAAGAGGCGAAAGAGCAUAUUGAAGAGCUUGUCGCGCAAAACGAUGAACUCCGAAACUCGGCAGAUUCGUCCAGCGGGGAAGUAGCCAAGCUCAAAGAGGAGCUUCAGGAUGCGACGCGGGAGCUGACUACUCUGCGCAGUCGCAACAACCUGUCUGCAAACAACUGGGGGAAAGAGAGGGAAGAGCUCAUCAAGUCGAUCCAGCACCUCAAAGAGGAGAUGGAGACGACUUCCAACGCCAUGGGCGAAUGGGAGGUGAUUGCCAUGGAAGAGCGUUCUAUCAAGGAGAAUCUGGGAGAUAAAAUCAGCGAGCUGGAAGAGGAAAUCGCUGGUUUAAGAGAGGGAUAUGAGGCUGCCAACUCGGAGCGCGACAGCCAGGCGACACUAAUCGACAACCUCCAGAACGCUCUGCGAGAGAUCCAAGAUGCUCGAAAGAAGGAGCUUCGCGAUUUGGUGGAGACCAGCGAAGCACAGCUCCAGGAACAGAAGAAAUUGGUGCGCGAAGCUGUCGCAAAGGCUACAGAGGCGCAAGAGGCCAAGGACGAGCUUGUAAAAGAGCUCGAGCGCACGUCUCCAUUCGAAAAGGAGGUCAAGGAGAAGAACCUUCUCAUCGGAAAGCUGCGGCACGAGGCUAUUGUGCUCAACGACCACCUCACCAAGGCUCUGCGCUAUCUGAAGAAGACGAAGCCGGAAGACAAUGUUGAUAGGCAAACAAGUUUCUUGCAAGUCAUGGCAGGCUAUCUCAACUGGACCGACGAGCAGCGGGAACAGGCCGGACUUGCUCGACCAGGAGGUGGAAGCACCUUGCGUCUCCCUCUUUCUCCCUUCCAGCGCACGCCCAGCUCGCCGUCACUCAGUGCCGAUAUAUUCUCGGAGCCCUCAUCUGCGAGAGACAGAGAAUCCCUGGCUGAGCUUUGGGCUGGCUUCCUAGAGCGUAGUGCACAGGAGGGAACCAGCGACGGGCCGUCAAGAAAAGGCAGCGCAAGCAGUGUCGCCACAGGUGCCGGUGUCACGAUAGGGCGUCCGGAUUCAAGGUCUUAG